AUGAUCGAGGAGGAAGACUGGUCCAAGGAGCAGGAGGCUAACCGCAAGCCCGGCCAGAAGCACCCGACACCGUCACCUGGUUUUGCUGAUCGCGUGUUUUACGAGAGUCUAUUGCAGCAACGGGCAGACAGCCACAUGGCCCAGAAAUGGUGUCUUGAACACGGUGUACUCAAAUGGGCGGAGGCCGAGGCGCUCUGCAAGAAAAUGGGUGUGACCUCUAAUGUGGUGGGUCUUUCCAAGUCGGUCAAGAUCAAAAAACAGAACAUUGCGUCAUCUACCACUGACAGUCGUCGGGUGCACAACGAAACGACUACUGCAGAGAUCAUGGGGAUUUCAACAAGUAGCGUUGAAGGGUUGGGACUGGGGACUUUGUAG